AUGUUUAAACUGAGCUAAAGGGAUAUGCAAAUUUAAAAUCUCAGAAAUACCCAAAUUAAUCAAACUUAGGUAAGGAAUUUAUUGUUGAAGAAUAAGGGGCAUAAAUAAUUAACUUUGAUGAAAAUAAAUCUCAUAUAUCUGACAAUUUUGAUAGAAAACAGUUGGUAUCGGUUCUAGAAGCAGUAAGUGACGAUGCAAGUGAAAAUUUAGAAAAAUUAUGUUUAAUAAGAAGGAAAAAUGAGUGAGCUUUAAGAUAAAAUAGUAUAAUUAUAGGAGGAGAAUGAUAAAUUAUAGAGAUACUAAUUGAAGAGCCAAGAUGAUUUUCUAUAGAUUACUCUUUUGAAGGAAUCAGCACUGAUUAUAUAAUUAAGAUAAGAAAUAGAAAUUUAAAAGCUUAUAAGGAAUAAAGUAAGGAAAAAAGUGAGUUACAAUUAGAAAUAAUUAAAUUAAAGGAUCAAUUGA